UCUAGAUUCUAGUAUAGAUAUAACCGAGUCACUCGCUCACUCUGUUACGAAACGCAUCUCGCUGACCAAACCAAAGUAGCACCGAUGGCAUUUACCGACUUUUUCGCCGGGGAAAUCGCGACGGAACUUCUAAAACAGUUAAUCGCUAUCUCACGCAAGUCAUGCCUCUGCAAAUCCAGUGCGGACAGCCUUAUCACAAGCAUCGAAGAACUCCUUCCCAUCGUCAAUGAAAUCAAGUACUCAGGCGUCGAGCUACCAGCCAUCCGUCAAUCUCAGCUCGACCGUUUCUCUGAGACGCUACGCGGCGGCAUCGAAUUGGCCCGCAAAGUCCUUGCUUCCGGCCGUUGGAACGUCUACAAGAAUCUCCAGCUGGCCAGGAAGAUGGAGAAGUUAGAGAAACAAGUUUCGAGGUUCGUUAGCGGGCCGAUGCAAGCUCACUUGUUGGCUGAUGUUCACCACAUGCGGUUCGAAACGAUGGAGCGGUUCGACCGGUUGGAAGGCCGGUUGGAGCAGAGGCUCAAUUCGAUGAAGAUCGGAGCGGGAGGGUGGGUCGAAGAAGCUGUUAAGAGAAUGGAAGUUGAAGAGGAGGCUAGUUUGGGAAUUAUCGGUGGAGUUGGAUUGGAUUUAGGAAAAAAUAAAGUGAAAAAUAUGAUAAUCGGAAGAGCUGAUAUAAACGUUGUUGGAAUUUGUGGUAUUGGAGGAUCGGGUAAAACUACGCUGGCCAAUGAAAUUUGUAAAGAUAAUCAAGUCCGAAGUUACUUCAACGAAAGGAUUUUGUUCUUAACUGUAUCACAAUCACCGGAUAUCCAACAGUUGAGGGCAAGAAUAUGGGGAUUUCUUACAGGAAACGAGGCCAUGGGUUACACCAAUAAUCUGUUUAUUCCUCAUGGGAAGUUACAGUGUGAGUGGGGAAGUGGACCACAAACUCUGGUUGUUUUGGACGAUGUUUGGUCCCUUCCCAUACUGGAACAACUGAUUUUCAGGAUCCCAACAUAUAAAACUCUGGUCGUUUCAAGAUUCAGGUUCUCAACAACUGUCGUUCAUGAAGUUUACAAGGUAGAGUUGCUGAGUGAAGAUGAGUCUUUGUCCCUGUUUUGUCACUCUGCUUUCGGGCAAACUUCGAUCCCACCUACUGCCAAUGAGUCUUUGGUCAAGCAGAUUGUUAAUGAAUGUAAAGGACUUCCUUUGGCACUUAAAGUUAUCGGAGCUUCGCUGCGAGACCAACCUGAAAUGUAUUGGGCCAGUGCUAAGAAAAGGUUAUUACGAGGAGAACCAAUAUGCGAGUCCCACGAAAACAAGCUGCUGGAGCGGAUGGCAAUAAGUGUGGAAUACUUGAACAAAAAGGUUAAGGAAUGUUUCUUGGAUUUGGGAUCUUUUCCAGAAGAUAAGAAAAUCCCCCUUGAUGUUCUCAUUAAUAUGUGGGUUGAGAUACAUGACAUUGAUGAGGAGGAAGCUUUUGCCAUUCUCGUCGAGCUUGCUGAUAAGAACCUUCUCACUUUGGUGAAAGACGCACGGGUUGGAGAUGCAUACAGUAGUUUUUAUGAAAUCUGUGUUACUCAGCAUGAUGUGUUGAGGGACCUUGCUCUUCAUCUAAGCAAUCGAGGGGAUGUGAAUGAAAGAAAGCGGUUGCUUAUGCCUAGAAGAGAUACUGAACUCCCGAGAGAAUGGGAAAGAAACACGGAUCAGCCAUUCAAUGCUCAAAUAGUUUCAGUUCAUACAGGAGAAAUGAGGGAAAUGGACUGGUUUUGUAUGGAGUUCCCCAAGGCUGAAGUACUCAUACUGAAUUUCUCCUCCACUGAAUACUUCUUGCCUCCUUUCAUAGAUAACAUGCCCAAGCUUAAGGCACUUAUUGUGAUAAACUAUGGUACAACAGCAGCAAUACUUAAGAAUUUUUCAGCCUUCACCACUCUAGCAUAUUUGCGGAGCCUAUGGCUUGAAAAAGUGUGGGUUCCUCAGUUGACCAACCCCACUGUUCCCCUAAAGAACUUGCAGAAACUAUCUAUGGUUCUUUGCAAGGUUAGUAACAACUUUAAUCCAUCAGUGCUAGACCUGCCGCUGAUCUUCCCUUGUAUAUCAGAUCUCAUAAUCGAUCACUGUGAUGAUUUGAUUAAGUUGCCAUUGAGCAUCUGUGAGGUGAAUUCACUCAAGAGCCUGAGCAUAACCAACUGCCACCGAUUAUGUGAAUUGCCUGCUGAUUUGGGUAUGCUGAAGAAACUACAGAUACUGAGGUUGUACGCUUGUCCAGAGCUAAAGGUGCUCCCUCCCAGCAUUGGCGAGCUUAUUGGGUUAAAAUACCUUGAUAUUUCACAAUGUGUUAACUUGAGGUGCCUACCUAGGGAAAUAGUUAAAUUAGCAAGACUGGAAAAGAUAGACAUGAGGGAAUGCUCGCAGAUUAUGAGUCUACCACCAGGAAACGCCUUAUCGAACUUGAAGUCGCUGCGCCGAGUCAUCUGCGAUGAUGAAGUUUUGUGGCAGUGGAAAUAUCUGGAGAAGGCCAUGCCAGAGCUUUAUGUUCAAGUUGCGGAGAAAUGGUAUAGUUUGGACUGGUUGGAUGGCUAAAAGUAACACUUUGUUCAUAUCAUGUAUCCGCUAAUGUAAAUAUCAACGUGCGUAAUUUUAAUAAAAAGCGAUCUUUUUUUCUUCU